AUGCCGCUUCUCGAGUCACACUUGGAACAAAUUGCUCUCUCUUCAAAUGCCAUUGCUGAUCUACCGUUUGUUUUCCGCUUGUUCAGCUAUGUUUUCGAAGCUAAUAUGCACUUCUACAGAUUCCCUGCUCCCCGCAUCUUUACGAACGCGUUGCUAGGCUCACACGACAUUACCCGCUUGAUCAGAGAUACUGAAGUCCAUGAACGAGCGCUUUUCCAAGUUGAUCCAGCUGCCAAGCCACAUGGGUCACAAAGGCGUGCCACCAGGCGUGGAACUACCUUCUCCGCCGAGGCCGAAUCCGAGUCAAUGGCCACUCGAAUUUAUUCUGCUCGCAACAACCGCAACCAGUCCGCUGUGGCCCGAGUUCUUGGCUCAGAUAUGAUGGAAGAAAUCAAACGGUCUGCCGGCACAUCGGCCCGAGGGCGUGGAGAAGUGAAUAUUGAGGUUCUACUCCGAGGAGCCGAGAUUCUAUGCAACGUCUAUCCCGUCGCUGGUGCACAGGAAAAAAUCGCCACUUUGCGCUAUCGCCACGAGUUGAUCGCUGAGUCCAUUGCUCGACUGGAAGAUCGCGUGGCGACAAACACAGCGGAACUCGAGUCCAUGCGACACUCCUACGACGAUGACGAGGAUGACUUUCUCCCCAUGCCUGAAGCAGAGUCAGAGGCACUGCUGGUUACCGAUGAAGAUAUCGAGCGUGAAUUGGCUGAAAUCCACGACUUGGAGCGAAGGAAACGAGCUUUGGAGGAGCGUGUCAUUGGCAUGGAGCGGGACCUGGGCGGUCUGAUGGGAUAG